CCCUCUUCACAUCACUGCAAAUCCUCCAGAGAAGAGAUGGGAAGAAAUCGAGAGAUUUCGUUGUUCAGCUUCUGCUUCGUUUUAUGCUUCUCUUUGUUGCUCUUUUCAUCUGGGUUCCAGUCCGACGAGCUUCAAGACGACGAGGAAUUCGGUCUUGAAGGUGGCAGAAAACCUGAUCUCGAUUACGUAAACCCUAAAAAAUCUCCUUCUAUCAGAAAGAGAUCCUCCUUCGAUCAAGACUCUGAUUCGAAGGUCCAUUUCUUGCUAGAACAUGCCUUCAGUGACUCCGAUUUCUCGCCUGCGGGAACCUUUACAGCUCGCCUCAAGACUUGGAGUCAUGGUGGACAGACUCUCACCAAGCUUCGGUUUUCGAGGAAUGGUUUCAAUGAAACAGAGAAUGAAGAAUUCAAAAAACUGUUGAAAAAUGACGACUUCUAUAGGAUAAGGGUACCAUCAAACGUGUUGAGCCCUCCUGGGAGGGAUAACAUUAUUUCUUCGGUCAAAGCAAGGUGCCUUCUGAGGGAGACUUUGGAUGAGCAUUUUGUCAUUCACAUGGAAGGAGUGAACAUUCUGGCUGUUAAUUAUGGUUCUCCUGGGGCAUGCCAGUAUCCUCGGCCACUGAAACUUCCAGCAAAGUGGUCAUUCAACUCCCACACGGUCUUGAAGAACAGCGAGCAGGCACCGAGAGCUCCUGCUUUUGUAGAGGAAACUCUUGUUGGGGAGAAUGGGGAGGGUGAAGGAAUAAAGCCACCAGAGAAAUCCUUUUGGGCAAAAUACUGGAUGUAUCUUAUACCUCUAGGACUUAUUGUCAUGAAUACCAUCACCCAAGCUAUGAACAUGCCCGAGGAACAGGCGAGUGGACAGGCCAGCUCUCAAACACAAACGGUACAACAGCGACCCCCCGGUUCCGCCGUGCGAAGAAGAUGACAGCCAGAGACCAUUACAUAGAACUCACCUGAAGUCAAGGUUACAUCAUUCAAGGGCCGAUCCACACAACAUUCGACACCAUGGAUCUUCAGAAGCAACCCAAAAUCCAUCAGAGAAGGUUUUAGAAAUCUUGAGAUCCGUGUUGGGAAAGUUAAUCCAAUUGGAACUUGAUCAGAUGCAACUUGACCUUGUAAUAACAUUGGACAUUUUUCUCAGGUUUUCCCAGGUUUGCUAAGUAUUUGCCUCUUGACGUUUUUCCUUCUACCAAACCAGUUAUGAUUUAUGUACUCUGGUGUAAUAACAUGAUAUAAACCUGUCACCAUGUUCUAUCUUUUGAUGAUAUUAGGGAUUUCAUUCCUGGAAAAAGGUUUUCUAUUGUAUCUUUGUUCUUCGAUGUGAUGGUCUGAUGUGGCUAGUAAGCAUCGUCUAGUCCAUUUUUGUGGCUAAUCAAAGUUGUGGACACUAUCUAUUUUUCA